GCCUUCCAUAGCAUGCAGUUAGACGCAUGCGAUGCGGGACGGUCGUACAACACGUCAAUUCUAUGAUGAAGCCGAAUGUGUGCAGAACAUUCUUACGACAUGUCGUAGCUAUGAUGAGACCCGACAAAUGCGAAACUAUUGCGUUAUCUGCUUUUGUUAUGAUCUGUCCUGACGUGUGUAGGAUCAUAGUAAGUCGUAGUAUUUUUAUGACCUGGAUAGAUGCGUGGAGGACGCUUGCUCGACAUAUCAUAGCUGGGAUGCAGACAAACAGGAUGUUAUUUAAGAUUUCUCUAAUGUUGUAUGUUAUUCAAAGCUGUGCAUGUGUGGACCUAGUCUACGUAGUUGAAGAAAACCAAAUUCCAGGAACAUAUCUUGGAAAUAUUGCUGAAGAUUCACACAUUCUGAAGAAGUUAUCUGUAAAAGAUAGGAGCCAGGUUCGAUUCAGUUUAUUACAAGAAGCAAAUGAAAAUUCAUCAUUGUUUAAUGUAACGGAGUUUACUGGAAAACUCUAUACGACCAGAAUAUUAGAUGCUGAAAUUUUAUGUAAACCGAAUAUAGAAUGUUUCUUAAUGAUCAACAUAGCAAUCAAGCGGGGUCAAUUUUUUAUGGAAAUACUGAAGGUCAAACUUGUUGUACUGGAUAUCAAUGAUUGCAGGCCUGAGUUCAUUGACAAAGAGAUAAACAUUAGCUUCUCUGAAGGAGAUCGAAAAGGGACUCGUAAAUCCAUCCCCAGUGCAAUCGACAGGGAUAUUAAUGCGCUAAACUCCAAGAUUACCUAUCAUUUACGUAAUGCUACCGAUAAACCUUUCUCUCUCUCAAUGGUAAAUAUUCAAAAUGGAACAGAUAGGAUAUACAUAACUGUUAAAGAAAAACUCGACAGGGAAACAAUAGAUACAUAUCAUGUUGAGGUGGUCGCUGAAGAUGGUGGUCGACCCCCAAAUCUUUCGUAUCUUCAGGUUCAAAUUACAGUUACCGAUGAAAAUGAUAAUACUCCUAUUUUUCUCCCAGAUGCUUAUAAUGUCUCAAUCAAUAGAGUUGUAUUUCCUGGAGAAUUAAUUGUCAAACUAUCAGCUUCUGAUGCCGAUAUUGGUAAAAAUGGUCAGAUUUCAUAUUAUUUCACAUCGCAGACUUCCACUGUAACGAAAUACUACUUCACUUUAAAUAAAACAACCGGCACCAUUUACCUAAGAAAGAAGUUGGUACCAAAUAAAAGCAUAGAUUUUAAGUUAUUCGUGAAAGCAGUGGACAGUGGUCAGCCUCAUCUUAGUGCCUUUGCUGAUGUGUUAGUUAAUGUUGUAAACACAGAGAAUCACGCCCCCAAAAUAUUGGUUAACUUGGGUUCUUCAUCAUCUAACACAGCAGUUAUUUCAGAAGCGAUCAAAGUAGGGAGCUUCAUUGGUUAUGUUGAAGUGAUAGACAACGACAAUGGUUCCAACGGAGAAGUAAUCUGUACACUUCGUGAUCAGAGAUUUUACCUUCAUAACCUCGGUAAGAAAAAAUACAAAAUAAAAGUUAAAAAUCCAAUCGACCGCGAAUCCAAGGUCAGCCAUAACGUCACAAUAGCUUGCAAGGACAAAGGUAUGCCUCCCUUGUGGGUGAAGAGCAAGUUUUAUAUUCGAGUUAUUGACAUAAACGAUGUACCUCCAAGAUUUUCCCAAAAAUCUUUUAAAUUUUGGACUUAUGAGAACCAGAACAGUAACUUUCCAGUUGGUUUUGUUAAUGCUUCAGAUCCAGACAUGGGAGCCGGGGGUGAACUUUCUUACUCGUUGAUGAAUCUGAAUGGAACUUUCUCGCCUUUUCAAAUCACUAAUUACGGGUACAUUUCUACAAGAGUGUCACUGGAUCGUGAACAGCAAGAAAUCUAUCAUCUGCGUGUUUUCGUCAAGGACCACGGGGUACUUUCGCUAAACAAUUCAGUUAGUGUCACUGUCGAAGUAAUGGAUGAAAACGACAAUGUGCCCUGUUUUACCUUCCCAGAUGUUAACCCCUUUCUCGUGAAUGUCCAUUAUCGUCCACAGAAUGGUAGAAACAUCACAACUCUCAGAGCCAUUGACAAAGACAUCGGGAAGAACGCCUUCUUAACAUAUGAAAUAACUGAAGGAAAUACACGAAAACUAUUCAUACUAAAUCGUAAAACUGGUCAAUUAUCUUUUAAUCGAGUUCCUUUCGAAAAGGACACUGGGAUACAUAAUCUACAGAUUAGAGUCAGAGACAGUGGAAUUCCUGUAUUACAUGCAGUGACAAAUCUAUCAUUAAUAUUAUCAAUUGGCAACGCCGCAUCCAAAACAUUAACAGCGGUGCAGUUCGGUACGACUGUCAGGAUUCAUAAAAAUCUGUUUAUCGUCAUAAUCUUGGUGGUUAUGAUUGCUUCGGUUUGUGUAGUGGUGUUGAUCACAACAUGUCUGAUACGCAGAAAUGACUGUGGGAGAAAUUCACGCGUUGACAAAGCUACUGCAACAAACAGACGUCGAGAAGGAAAAUGCUUCAAAUGCUUGCCUAUGACAGCCGUAUCACAAAUCGACAUAACUCUGCCUGAGGUGACCAACAAACGCAAUACAUGGAAUGUACAGCUUACUGAAUCUUGUGUUGAUCUCGACACAGAAAACGAAAUAGACAACAACGACUGUGAUUCACAUCCGUUAAAUAUCCAGGCAUCAGUUCCAACAAUACAAGACGUUCAGUUGUCAUCCAGUAUUGCGUGCACAGAUAAACCAAAACCAACACCUCGCAGUCGAAGGGUCGACCUCAAAUUUCCUGUAAAUAAUUCAAUGACGCAAACAGCACAGCAGUGUCAAACUUAGAUGCCCGACCAAAUUUUCAAAGACUCAGUCUUCGAGAAACAAGAUUCCAGUCAUAUAAAAUUUAAAAAAAAAUCUAUUCAGAAACAUACCACGAGACAAACAGAAAGAGAUGACACGAAAGACACCGAGCGUUUGACUAUGAGAACAGUACAUGUAUAUGCUUUUAUCUGCGACGUCUGAAACUCUAUAACGAUCUCAAGGAACUCGUUAAAUUUAGUUUCGUUAUAACAAUAUGAUUAUUUAUCAUGUUAUUACGAAAGCUGCGGUAGAAGUAAUUUCAGCAAAUAACUUUCUAUCUCGUUAAUCUUAUAAUCCCAAAUUGUAAAACUGUCUACUCAGGAUUCUUGACAUGACUCAGUUACAUCGUAACUCUCAGACCUAACAAUGAUCGUUUCUCAUUUAACUCUUUGACUGCCCAAAGCAUUUUUGUAAGUUUGUCCUAAACGUCCGUGCUUGUUUUCUGACUUUUAGUUAGCUCUUGUUUCAUACGUUCUGCAUAAUAUAAAACUUUACUUUCAUAAGUCUCAAGUUACCCUGUUAGAUGAAAAAAACUGGGAAUGUGUAUCUUAUAUGAUGCAUGGACACUAAGGAAAUAUAUUCUGUAUAUCACAUGUAAUAUACAGGAUAGGCAAAGGGCUUAACACAAGGCCAGCAAUUUUGAGAGUAGAGUUUAGUCAAUAUCAUCGACUCCAGUACUUUACUGGUACUUUGUCGACCACGUGCGGACGAAGAGUAGUGUUGACUUCGAUUGAAGAGCUAGAACAAAUACUGCAAGGCAUUUUCUCAACGCUCUAACGAUCCAGCCAGGCUGCCGCUGUUGAGAGAAUAAAUUAUUUGGAAUCACGAUCUGCAUGAAAAACAAUAAUCAAAUUAAUGUUCACAUAUUUAACGUGGAGAGCAUUAAAGCUUAACUAGAUAUAAAACAUAUCGCAAAUAAACUAUUAGUCUAAGGUUAUUAUUGCUUUUGGUGAUAACUGCGGAGAAUAUUUCAGUUCUAGUCUCACCUCAUCGACUAAGCAUAGACUUCAGCAUACUUGCUAGUUGGGGUUCAUUAUAAAGUCCUUGAGCAAUUUCAGAUUUGCAUAAUUUUCGUUUUAUACACGGUAAAAUUCACCCCUGAAAAGGAUAAAGAAAUGCGUUAUAACGUUUUAAAAUGAAUUUCAAUUACAGAAAUCUUUAUGCUUCUGAGAUUCUUAGAAUACUGUUUUUGCUGUUAAUUUUCAGUUAUGUAACAGUGAGUUACAUUGGUUUUCAGGUCAUCUAUGGAAUGAUGUUUAAUUGAAUAAACUGAAAUGUAUAAAUCUCCUUAUAAAACAGUUAAAAUAUUUAUUAUCUAUGUAAAAAUAGUAAUUAGUACAUCACUAAGAUUUUUGAUUGCUGACGAUGAAAGAUACAUCAAGCUUCAAAAUGUUCAUUUGAGAUUAAAAUUUAAAAUUGCCCAAGUACCAUAUUUGAUGGCAUUAUGACGAACUUUUCUCUAAAAAA